AUGGACGGUCCAGACGCUUUGAUGAUCGAGAGCCGCAAGAUGAACCUACAUGCGUUCAUCGAACGCAACGGUAGAUUCGCAAAAUGGGAUAAAGCCGACCCCGAUGACCGCAGGGCAAUGUGGUUGAGCCGUCUGAAGGAGUUCCCAUGCGAAUCACCACCCAAUUCCUGUGAGGCUGGAAGCACGCUCUUCCCAUCGAGGAUAUCUGGGCAAUCAGAAGAGCAAAUCCAGUAUCAGAUGUGGGCCACCACAAUGUUCGACAUCAUGUGCGAGGCGGUCUGGAUGUAUCGCAUCCAGCCAAACAUGGACUUCCUGAAGACCAAUCAGACCGUCUCUGGCCAGCGCGAACAUCAGCAGAACAAGAGGAUCUUCACUACUUGGAAGACGCUAGCACAGUAUCCUCGUAUCAGGGAUCUGAAGAUGCCGAAGCAAGUUGACGACUGGGCGACGCGCGAGGGUGGCACUUCUGCACUAGCCAAACGAUCGUAG